AUGUCAAACGAUCAGUUUUCAACUUCUGUUGCCACGGCAUUGGUGAUUGAAAACGAUUCUGAAUCACAGAAUAUGGUUUCUGUAUAUCAACAUAAUCAUAUACAACAUCGUAAGUUCAAUGUAUUCUUUCAGUUUCUAGCUAUCCUUCUGUGAAUGUUUUUUUCUAAAUCAGGUUCCCCUUCAAAUAAUUUUCAAAAUUGUUUUGACAUAUCCGAAAAUUCGGAAAAAUCUUAUUCAAUAAAUUCAUCAGCUUAAACUUUGAUGUUCUAUAAACUCUCUAAUCGGAAAUUAUUUUUGUCGUUCAAAAAUUUCUGUCAGGAAAUGAGAUAUUUAUGAAACACAUCAUUGAUAAUGUAUAUAUAUUUUUUGGGAUUUUUUAGAGUCCGAAUUUUAAUGUAAGGUGUGAAUAGGUUCAUUUAAACCCGUGCUGCAAAAAAUGAGCGUUUACGAUUUAAAAAAUUUAAAUAAUAAAAUUCUGUUUUUAAAAUUUCAUCUUUUAAUUUUCUAAUUUCUUCCAUACCGUUGCUCAUGUUUAGUUACGUGAACACUGUGUUCUGACUAUAUUUGUAUUUAUAAAUCUUGUCUCCAUUCAUAAAAUCGUUCAAUGUUUUUUCUGAAUUGCCCUAAUUUUCUAUUGAAGUUAAGAGUUCAUGAAUCACCUUUCAAUGGAGCAGCAAUUUUCAAUAAUGUUUCAUUUGAACGCUGAUUUUUCUUUCUGCAAAACAUAUGAACUUUAUAUUCUCGAUAAAUUUUCGGAUUUCAAUUUCAAUUUUUUUAUUUGAAAAAAAUCCAUCCCUGCACAAUACACAAAACAUCUGUGGAAAUGUUUCAUUUUGAGCAAAAAAAUAGCAAAUUGAAAAAAGAAAAUGUCAAAGCGGAUAUUGAAUUUUUUCGAAAUUUCGUUCGAUUUCAUACAUCCCUUUUUCUUGAAACAAAAGAAAAUCUUCUAUUUCGUUUUUUUUCGCUGCUAUUUUUUUCAAUUUCAAAGUUCAAUAGACAUAGACAUAAUGACUUUUGGCGUCAGCAGGUAUAUAAAAUAGGUGUGGUGCAUUAGAAAAAAAAGGGGUGCGGAAAUCUAGAGUGCACUAAAAAAAUAGAAAAUGGAGAUUUUUACUAUAUUUCCAACUACAGAUGCAAAUGGUAAUGGUGUGAUGAAGGGUGGAGCAUUGCCAAGAGAAACUGUUGUCAAUUUUGGAUUUUCUGAAGAACCUAUUCCACCGAGUCAUUAUUGUUGUGGAAAAUUCAAACUUCAUGUGGGUUUUUAGUUUUUUUCAAAAUUAUUUUGAUUAUUCAUUAAAAAAUUUCUGUAACAAAAAUUAUUUCAGAAAGUAUGCCGAAUAGUUGGAAUCUUUUCAUUAAUUGGAUUCAUCAUAAAUCUGGUAUUGUAUUUCAUGGGACUCUCAAAAUUAGGAUUAAGUGGUUAGUUUGAUAUGAAAUCAUGGGACCACUUCAAAAAACCCUUUUCAGGAUAUUUGGAGACAUUUUUAUUGAUAUUUGAUUUCAUCGCAGUGUUCACAUUAUUAUAUGGCGUUUCGAAAAAACGCUCUGGAAUGUUGAAACCAUAUUUAUUUUAUAAUGUUAGUUCUCAUUAACAAAGUUUGAUGUAGUUUUAAAAAAAUGUGAUUCCAGACGAUUUGGAGUUUUGGAUUGAUCAUUUUAUUUCUUGCAUUCAUGUGGCAAAUUGUUAAAGGUUCACAUGAUGUUUCGAGAAAUCUUCUGGAGAAUAUUUAUUCAUUGCGUAAUACACGUGAAGAUGAUUAUCAUUAUCAUAGACCAAGUUACAGUACAACAGGUAGGGGGAAAUAUUUUUGAUAAACCUUGAAAAAUAAACCUUGAGAAGUUUGAAAUUUUUAUUGAAAAAAAAUUUCCCCUGAAUUUUUCAUAAUAAAAUUCAACAAUAUUUUUUUCAGUAGCAGUUUUGGUAACAUUGGGUGUCGUUUCUGCAAUGCUAUCAACUAUAAUUGUCGAUUGUCUAUUUCUCCACAUUGUCUACCGAACUUUUCAAUUUUUCGCUUACACGGAGGAUAAACGUCGAGAAGAGAUGGAUAAAAAAGAGAGACUCUAA